GAACUAGUGAACUAUAUGUUGAGCCAAUGGCACACCAAAAUGAACUAGUGUAUACGUAAUAGUGUGGGUACUCGAUGUGGUGCGUAGACCGCCAUGCAGCGGGGCGGUGUCAUGUCCGGCACCAUCCGCCAUCUCUCCUACCAUCACGAACCGGAACCCAACGCCAACUCGCUGAUAACGGAGAUCAACGUGCAGCUGGCAGCAUUCCGGGACCUGCUCAUCCACAUCGGCCAGCCGCACGACUGCCCCGAGCUGCGGGAGCGCGUGCGCCGGCUGCGGCGGACUUGCGUCGAGGCGACCAAGCAGACCAGCCAACUGGUGCUGCCUAAUUGUAAAAAAACUGGGAGCGAGGGGUGCGCGGACCAGCCACAGCUGGUGCUGCUGUACUUCAUGUCCCAGCUGCUGCUGCGAGAGCUGGCCAAGUGCCACCGCCUGGUGCAGCUCGUCCCCAUGGACAUGUCAUCUUACUACGAGAAUCGCGCGGGGCCAUCGAAUUUCGGCAACGUGAUCAGCCAGAUUCUGCUGUGCAAGCAGAUCACGCCGGACUUCAACCAGGAGGAGCUGUGCAGCAUCGCCAAGGACACGCAGGAGAUCACGCGGAUAGUCACCGACAUACAGGACUACCUGCCGCAGCAUGAGAACCUCAAUCACUUAGAGUCGAGCGGGGCCCUCAAGGGCGACGACAUGAACGGCCUAUGGAGGAGCAAACGCCGGGGCUCCCUGUACAAGGGUAUGGGCGUCCUCUGCUGUAUGUCGAGGCCCAACUACCUCUGAGGGUGACGGGUCUCACCGACGAGGCCCGCUACGGCUGUCACAAUAAACUUGGUGUUCAGUGAAUGAAAGGGUCCAUUAUGCGAGGAUUAAGGCAGUGUUAGAUCGAAUACGCGACCGAAUUCCAGUGUGGUUGUUUGCAGUAGUGUUUUAUUAUGAUAACUUUAUUUGGGGGAUAUUACCUGAUUUAACGCAAAAUGGUUACUGCAAAAUUUAAUAGCUAUCGAUAUUGUAAGUAAGUAACCAAAGAGAUUUUUCCAGAAUUUCUAAGCUAACAAAAUCAAGGUUUUCCGAAUAUGUAGCCAUCACGUAAAUUAAGGUAUCGUUCCGAAUU